GAUGAUUUAUGGUUGGGUUGAUUGUACAUUUUGUAUCUCUUGCAUUGCUUGAUACUUGGUAGUUGCUAAUGCUAGCCCAUAACAUAACCACAGCGACGCUGCCACUGGCACUCCCAGACAGAGUCCCAGACAGAGACCACCUCGUUAAGUUCCAAACACUUUUCUUUAUGACAUUACAAACCAAACAACCGUAAUCCAAACUCAAUAAUGGUAGCUGGCAAGGUCAAGCUUCCAAUGCCCUUCCACAAGUCUCCUUCUCCCUCCCACCCUCCUCCUUCACCCUCCAAAUCCUCCUUCACGCGCGCCCUCGGCGCUUACUUCCCACGCUCCUCCGCUCAAGUCCAACCUCGCCCACCGGACGUCGCGGAGCUUCUCCGCCUCGUCGACGACCUCCGCGACCGAGAGUCCCGCCUCAAGACUCAGCUCCUCGAGCACAAGCUCCUCAAGCAGACUGCCGCCAUUGUCCCCCUCCUCGAGAAUGACAUCGUUUCCAGGGACGCUGAGAUUCUCUGCCAAGCCAACACAAUCCAAGACCUCCAGGCUGAGAAUCAGAGGUUGGCCAAGGAGCUCCAUGAACUCAGGCUCCGAAGCGAGCAAGAGAAGAGAGAGAAUGAGUGCAAGACCAAAGCAUUGGAGGAUGAGAUAGCUGAGCUCAAGAAGACUGCCUCCGAACAUGCAAAUGACCACGAUCUCUCUUCUUCUCAGAGGUUCCAUAAAUUUCUCAACAAGACUCUGAAGAAAACGGUGUCGUCGGAUCAAGGAAGCGGGAACCAGAAGCAGCUUCUAGAAUGUAGCGCUGCUGCUGCUGUUCUUGAGGAUUUUAAACCACAGGUGCCGGGAAGUGAAAAACACUCCGAGGAACUCCCUGACACUUUCACCAAUGCCGUCACAUCACGUCAGCCACGUGUUCCCAAACCGCCACCGAGACGAUCGUCGUCUUCGUCACCGCAUUCGCCCUUGACUGCUUCCCCUCAUUCUUCCACCUCGGACAAUCAUAAUGCGGGAACAGAGCAACCGAUUCAGCAACCUCCGAAAUUAGGGCCUCCUCCGCCUCCGCCCCCGCCAAAGGCUGCUGCUUCAAUGUCGUCCAAAACUGCUCCACCACCUCCUCCGCCGCCUCCAAAGGGGAGUAGAGCUGUCACCGCGAAAGUGACGAGGGUGCCAGAGGUGGUAGAAUUUUACCACACGUUGAUGAGGAGAGAACCAUCGCAACUCUCUCGACGCGAAUGCAGCUCCAACGGAAUCGUGGAGGCAGUGCCGGCUCCAGCAAAUGCACGUGACAUGAUUGGUGAGAUCGAGAACCGCUCUUCUCACUUGCUCGCGAUAAAAACCGAUGUGGAAACCCAAGCAGAUUUUAUCCGGUGCUUAAUUAAAGAAGUAGAGGAAGCAGCAUUUGCAGAUAUUGAAGAUGUUGUUCUUUUUGUUAAAUGGCUAGACGAUGAGCUCUCUUAUUUGGUGGAUGAACGAGCAGUGCUGAAACACUUCGAAUGGCCGGAGCAAAAGGCGGAUGCUUUGCGCGAGGCUGCGUUCGGAUACUGUGAUCUAAAGAAGCUGGAACGCGAGGCUUCAUCGUUCCGGGAUGAUCCAAGGCAGCCGUGUGGUCCAGCUCUGAAAAAGAUGCAAGCUCUCUUUGAUAAGUUGGAGCACGGGGUUUACAAUAUCUCAAGGAUGAGGGAGUCAGCAACAAAUAGAUACAAACUCUUCCGGAUACCACUUCAUUGGAUACUUGAUAGUGGCUUUGUGAGUCAGAUAAAGCUGGCAUCUGUGAAACUGGCAAUGAAGUACAUGAAGAGAGUCUCGGCUGAGCUUGAGACAGUUGGCGGUGGUCCUGAAGAAGAAGAGCUGAUUGUCCAAGGUGUAAGAUUCGCCUUCCGGGUACACCAGUUUGCUGGAGGUUUCGAUGUGGAGACAAUGAGAGCAUUCCAAGAAUUGAGAGAUAAAGCAAGGUCAGGCCACGUUCAGCAACAGAAAUUCCUUUGCAGGUCUGCAACAUGUUAGUGAUGAUCGACCAAACUCAGCUUCAGCCAAUUGCUGUAAAGAUAGUUACAUUUUGUUUUUGUCAAUAGAAUGCCAUCCAUUAAUAUUAAUUGGGAAACAAAGACACUGAAAAAACCAAUUUGUUUCCUCUCGGUUAUAUAUGCUCUAGUAGUUGUGAAUUCCCUCCAAACAAAACCCACUUCUUUAAGCUAGCGUUGUUUUGAGGUACUGAGAUUCAAAUUGAGAGAUUGAGAUUCAGUCUCGUAUUUGUUAGUUCAGAAAAUGGUACUAAAAUUUGUCUCUGUUUUCAAAAUUUCAGUAUUUCAGUACCUCCAAAAUUUAGGGACACAAGAGACUAAAAUUUUUAGAGAUGGAGAUUGAAACUUUAAUAACAUUUUAUACCUAAAAUAUCUUCAUUUCAAUUAAUUAAUUCCAAUUUUAUCCAAAUUAAAUUAAAAUUUCAUUCUCUUCACCAAAUGACUCAUUCAUUCCUAGUCCUUCACUUAACUAUCACGUGCAUGUACUAAUCGGCAGCGCUUGUUAGUUGUUACUUUACAAAUUUGUAUAGUUUAAAAAGUGAUAACCAUUAACCAUUAACUAAAUUUGUAUACUAUAAAUUUAUUUUUUUUCAAUUUAAAUUUUAAAAAAUAAUAAAAUAAAAACUAAUUAAUAGUGAAGACUCAAAUAAUAUGUACCUUUCCUAUUCACAUCACCAUGGUGAGUAUAAUAUUGAGUUGGGCCAUCAACAGGCCGAGGCCCAAGGUGAAAAUCCUGUUAUCCAGAGCAUGUUGAAACACUGAACUUUGGACCAAAACCCAAACAAUGCUGACCAAGAAGGAAGGCCUCAUUGAAGUAUGUCCAAAGAAAAAGAGGAAGACUCUGUUUUCUUCUCUGCCAAGACUCUUCUCCCAUCUCUGUUCCAGUCUUCCUCCUCCAUUAUGAAACAUUGUCUUGUUCCUCGUAUCGUGCCCCAUCCCUCGGACCACCCUCCUCUUUGUCUUCUUCCCUUUUCUAUGCAAUCGACGUGCUCUCAAGAUGCUCUAAGAUUCAUGGUACACGUUCUGUUUUUAUGAUAUUUUUAUAUUUGCCAAAUGUUAUGGGUUUGGUCACAUGUUUCCAAGAACCAAAACCAUCCAAUAGGCUAAGACCACGUGUUAAGAGAAUCGUAUAAAAUCUCAGAUUUUUCAUUUGGAACAAGAAUACAAAAUGAGUAAAGGACACCCUUUUGGAUGAUGAUAUGAUAAGUACACUUGUGAUCUUACGUUAUACAUUGUUCUAUCCUUGUAGUGUAGUAGUCCUACAAUUAUGAAUUUUAGCAUAUUGCAAUCAAGUUCUUUUUUAUUUUAUCUAUGUGUUGAUAACCAAAGCUUCUCAAAUCUCAACCAAACUUCCAUUCUAAGCUUCAUUUUGGUGGUUGAAAGGUUUCUGUCAAUGCUUCCGUGUAUCCCGGGGAUGUAGAUUCUGUGUAAAUACAAGCCCAAACAUGUCGCUAUAUUUGAUUCCGUGAAGAAAACGACCACUCAUAUUAAAUUUAACUUCAAUGCUAAAGUUCAAUAUCAUUCAGUGAAUUAGUUCAUAGUUCUUACAUAGCCUGGUAAGUACAUUUCUUGAUAUGCAAACAAUUUUGAUAACUCUAAGAAAGCUAUUCUGUUCUUGAAAUCUGUAGAUUAUUUUCUUGUCCUUCAUGAAUCGUAUAAUGUUACAGUUUAUAUGAUUUCAGCCCUUGGCAGUAUCUACGAGCCAAACAAGAAGAAAAUUCUGGUGUAAGGAUCUGUUUUGUUCACAUGCUGAGUGCUGCAUAUAGGAGCUGGUUCCAUGUAUCAGGCAACCCUGGGAGGCACCAAUGGCUGCAAUCAUUGCCUGCAUGAUCUCCACUAUAAGCAGAAGGGUGUGCAUCUUUUCUGAGCUGAGAGAGGAGUGUGAUGUCAAGUAGAUAAACCGGAGAAUUCAUGUUCUUGAGUAUUUUGGUCACUAUGUUGGUUGCAGGAGGUAGUCCUGCUGGAUAUGUUGACCCUGACAAUGGUUCAAGUUCACCACUACAGCUUUUCUUUGGUUCAUUCCAUUCCUUGCCUCUAUUUGAGUUCAAAGAAAUACAUAAAUUUCAGACUAGUGGGAGUUAAAAUCUGUUAGAGUAGUAGAGGAGUUACUUACUGAUAGUGAGUGGGAGAAAUGCCUUGAAAGAAGACUUUAGUUUUUGUAGGAUCAACAUUUUGAUCAACCCAUCUAGCCCAAGUGGUCAUACCCUUAGUGUAUGCCUCCAAACGGUCCAUGUCCUUAACUAGAUUGGGACCAUCUCUGAUAUAGUCCCAUCUGUCAAACACCAACAUUAGUCAAAAUUAGACCUCAAAAUUGCAAACCUUUUUAUUACUAUUGUCCACAUGCAUUUUGGACUCUUUCUAAGACUUUUAAUCACCACCCAUUCAUUAUUCUUAGGGUACUCUUGUCCAGCAAUACUUGUUUCUCUAAAUAUAGUGUUAUGGUGGAAGUUGAAGAAUAUAAAUAUGUAUACCCUUGAGAUUUUCCAGUGUGGGUCCACCAAUGCCAGGAAUUGAAAACCAACAUGUCCAUUCCUUGCCAUGCAUUCCCAGCAACAAUGGAGUCUAAUGUGAGAACCCGCCCAACGUUUUCUUUAACAAUGUCUACCAAAUAUGGGGUGCGGUAUAGCUGUAUGGUUACUCCGUAGUCCUGCACCACCAACCCCCCCUUCAAUGGCUCAGAUUCAUUUCAUAUUAUAAAUGCUAAACAACUAGCACUCACUUAUUACUUAUCCAUUCGGUUAUACAUUUCUAUAUUCUUGUUCAUGUAAAAUAUACUUAUAUUAUAUUA